AUGUUUUCCGUCAACCUCCUGAUCCUGAGAGUAUUCGUCUCCUCCGUAGGAUUAGUGGGGAACGUAUGUCUCAUCCUUUUCAUCAUCCAGACCAAGUCCUCCCACGUUAAAUCCUUUGAGUUGUUUCUCCUGGGACUCGCUGCAGCAAACUUAGAGGAAAUAGUCAUCCUAAACGUUUACGUUACCAUCGUUCAGACUUCCGCCGCCACCACCAGCGCUUUGUGGUGUCGCACGUUGAAGUUUCUGACUGUUUGUGGCGAAAUGGCCAGCAUCCUCUUCACCGUUGUCAUCAGCGUCUAUCGCUACCAGAAACUGAGAGACGCUAAAAGAGCCAACUUUCCCAUCUGCCUGGACGGUAUUAGAUAUGCCUGGAUGCUGAGUGGAGCUUGUGUAAUGUUCUCAGUGGUAAUCAGCCUCCCUAUUUAUGCCAUCACCCUUCAAGGCUCCUUGGAAAACAUCACAGACAGCAGUAACGGCUGCUCUCAGGACUUCCUGGAAUGUGCUAAAGACUACUGCCCUACACUCUACCGAGUUUACAAAUACUUGUUCAUGCCGAUAUGCUACCUGCUGCCCAUUAUCAUCGUCACGGUCAGUGGCUGCCUCAUCAUCGUGGUGCUUCUGAACCAGGAGAAGAUGGUGGCAGCACUGGAUGAUGUCACCUGUCCGAACCAUCACAGCCAGAGUCAUGGUCACAGUCUCCACCGGAGCACGGUCGCUGUGGUGGCAGCAAUGUGGCUGUUCCAGGUGGACUGGACCCUCUACCUGAUCCUCCUUUGGACUUUAAAUGACUUUGAUUCUUGGAUGGAAAUCGAGUUUUUCAUCUCAACUUCCUACUCGUCCAUAAGUCCGUAUGUGUAUGGGAUCGGGAAUAAUCUAUUCUCUGUUCAACACUUUAAAGACCUAUUUUUAAAACUCUAGUCCAGCCCUUAUCCCUGGAAGAAACAGGGAUGUUUUUGCAACUCAUUUUUCUUUCUUUCACAAAUUUAAAUAUUAUUUUAAACUAAAUUAAUUAGUUAAAAUUCAGGAUGAGAUUUUUUUUCCCUAUUAGAAUAAUUUAGUGAGUUUAUAAUAUUUUUGUAUUAAUGGAAAAACUGCCAAUUCACACAGUCUUGUUUCUUGUAAUGCAUUUCCACACACUUGAGACUUUUACUUUCACAGAUUAAUAGAUUUUUAUUUUGUAGUAAAAAAAAGAAGCAGUUAUGCUCCUUGCACCUUGUUUUAUACAAAAGAUAUUAUUCUCUGAACAGAUUUUCAAGUUAAAGCACACAGACGGACUGAAUGACAUGCUUACUUCAUACAUUAAAGUCAAAGUUGGUUUAUUUACAACUUCUAGGUUGUUUAAAUAGUAAAUGGAUUUAUUUGU